UUAUUUUCGAUUUAAUCGCUAAGGUGAGAGAAGGACUAAAAAGAAGUUAUGAAUUCACACAUCGUGGCUGGCGUUCUUCCGAACAUUACCACGCAGUUACAUCGUAUCUCUGUUUACUUCGUGUUUUCCCGACUUAAUUCAGAAGGAAUGAUGGCGAAAGACGAGAUCUGAAGCACGGCCAGGCUAUUGUGUGAAGGGCUAAUUACAAUUAAUAAGGAUUUAAUAUCCUGGAGAAUAUGUCGUCUCUUUUCUUGACAGCCACUUUAUGUCCGAAAUAUGAGUUUAAAAAUCAACUGCAGGAUAAGUAAUCUUCUUUCGCGAAUAAAUACCCAUACAGAAAUCGCUUCCUAUAGAGGUUAUCUUGCACCAAUUGUUUGAUUUAACAAGACACUUGAAGUAUCCCAAAGCGCCGUACAAAAGCUAGUGGGCACGUAUUUAACAGCAUCUACGUCUUUGUUUCUCUAUUCUAGUGAGUAGUGUUGCUGUCAAAUGUGAACCUUCGUGUCAGGGCGCCUGUUUGUAGCAGUCAGAGUGAGGAAUGUAGUCUGCCGAUUCUUCCUGAGAUAGAGAUUCUCUGAUCAGAAGUUACACAAAACCAAGAUGGCGAAGAUAAAAACUUGUGCAAGGCGUUGACCAGUAAAUCAGGAGUGCAGAUUUAUAAAAUGGAGAACAUCUCGGAGAGGGCCAACUUAACCGACUUCCGGUGCACAAUGACAAACAGCAGCGUAGAAUCUUACAUCUGCAUCAUCUCGGAAUUUGCACCAAUGACCAUUUGGUUCGAUCGCUACAUGACCAUAUUCUGGUACUGUCUGGGAAUAACCGGAAACUCUUUGACCAUCAAAAUAUGGUCAAAACGCGUGAGCCGGACAAACAUGUCUGCGAUGUAUCUAAUCGUCCUCGCUGUCACCGAUUUAUUUUAUCUGUUACUUCAUGUGAUACAGGAAUUGAAAUUUGCAUGGGGAUUCCCUACAACCGACGUGAACGGGUGGUGCCAGCUCUACUUUGUACUCUAUAUGUUUACAAUGUAUAUGAGUCCACUUUUAAUUCUUGGAUUUACUAUCGAACGGUUUCUGUCGAUUAUAACCCCAUUCAAAAGUCAGAGAUUUUCCAUCACUAACCGCGGUCCGUUCGAGAUCAGCGGGAUCACUCUGCUUGCUCUUUUAUUAGCUUUGCCUCAGAUAUUUUCGUGGGAAAUACAGCGGGGCGAAUGUCAGGGACCGGAUCACCAAUUCCAUGCCGUUUGGUCCUGGAUUUCAGACAGCCUCGUUUUUGUUAUCUUCCCAGUGACGUCACUUGUUUUGAAUUCUGUGGUAAUGAAGGCAGCUUCCAAGGCCGCUAAAAAGCGGCAGAGCACAUUACCUAUCUGUCGGGGGAACUCCACGCCCGAUAGAUCCACCCGCCAAAACAAAAGUAAACUUAGUCCCUCCACCUUAACAUUAAUGUGUGUUUCAUUUUACAGAAUCAUAACUGUUAUACCGGUGACCAUACUAUUUGCUCUUCAAAGGGAAUUCAAUUAUGGUAGAUUCGACCUCUCCUUGUCUCAGAUCGAGCAUGACCGUGUGUGGGAAAACCACUUUAUGUGGUACCGAGCGAAGAAAACCGUGGAUGAGAUUGGCCUGUCUCAAUAUUGCUGUAACAUAUUUAUAUAUCUAAUAACCGCCAGUCACUUUCGGCAUGAGAUGAAGAAACUUUUCUAUUUCGUGCCUUUUAUGCGAUCAGACGGAUUUGACAGCACUUUCAACAGAACCUCAGUGGAAAUGAGCUUUCUGAAAAAUAAAUCAAAGGAUGAUAUUUAAAGUCACACGUUGACAAGUUAUUUAUCAAGACUGUACUGUUUUCAUUAACAAAUGGAAUUUUUGUCAUUUUCCGACUACUAAGUGGGUGUAUUUUCAUAAUAUAAGUAAAUCGUGAAUUUCCAUUGUCAUCGUGAAGUGAUUCAGUCUGUAUUGAGUAUUGUACUACAACAGGAAACAUUUGGUAAUCUAUUUCACAAAUCAUCUUUGAUAUGAUUUCUUGCUGUACUCCGUCUAUUGUUACACAGCUGUUGCUGGAACUCGUGCAGGACUUGGCCAUGGUGUGACUUGUGUUCAAUGCAUAACAAAUGAGUGCUCUGUCUGUGACGUCAUGACUUUGUAUUCUUUAUAGGAUUUAUGAGAUUGAUCACUGAUCCAAUCAUUAUGAUUUUAAUUAAACCUUCAAUCUGUUGGCAUGACAAACAUUAACACGAUAAAUGUAAGAUUAAUAGGAAAUCUGUUUUCUAUUCCAAUUAUAUUAUUUAGAAUUAAGAAAAUUUUGUUUAUUUUCAGGCACGUAGAAUACUUUUUUGACAUUGAGCAUUUUUAUUUCUUACUUUAUUACAUUGUAUUUUGUGAUGCAAAUAAAGAUAUAUUGGGUGCCCCCACCCCCAACUAUUUCUAAAA